AUUUCCGGAUGUUUAGUGUUGAGGGGCAAGGAUGGCUGCGAUGUUUACGUGGUGUUUAAGCUGCUGCGGAGAUGGCGGACCCGGGCAUAUCCCCCUUAAAGAAAUGCCCACCGUUCAGUUAGAUACUCACCAUAUGGGCACAGACGUUGUUAUUGUGAAGAGCGGGCGGAGGAUAUGUGGCACCGGAGGCUGCCUGGCCACCGCUCCUCUGCACCAGAACAAAAGUUAUUUUGAGUUUAAGAUCCAGUCCACUGGUGUGUGGGGAAUUGGUGUGGCCACGCAGAAAGUGAAUCUUAAUCAAGUGCCUAUGGGCAGAGACACAAACAGCCUGGUUCUCAGGCAUGAUGGGUCUGUGUACCACAAUAAUGAAGAGAAGAAUCGCCUACCUGCAAACAACCUGCCUCAAGAGGGUGACGUUGUGGGCAUCACAUACGACCACGUGGAGCUGAAUUUAUAUCUGAAUGGAAAGAACAUGCAUUGUCCAGCCUCAGGGAUCCGAGGCACUGUAUACCCAGUUGUAUAUGUGGAUGACAGUGCCAUCCUAGACUGCCAGUUUAGUGACUUCUACCACACACCUCCACAAGGAUUUGAGAAGAUUCUCUUUGAACAACAAAUCUUCUGAAGGAGCACUUCAGCCUCAGCCCCUCUUGUUGUCAUCCUCCCCUAUCUAUCAUAGCAACCUCUGUGACACUACAGUUUGACCUUGAUGGGAUAAUGUCAUUAUGUGUGACUCGAAUGCCUCUUGUUUUGUUUACCCUGAUUGCUCUGUCUCUUUAGUGCUGCUCUGGAUUGACGAUGGAGUAUCCUUGAAGGAAUGGGGAUUUCUAAUCAUUGGUUGACAAUGAUGGGGUGGUGGAGCUGUGGUGAUAGAAAAUUGUCGAAUCAUUAUCUUGUGUCUCUGGUAAUUACCUUGUAUUAAAGGACCAGUGUGUAGUAUUACAGCGGCAUCUAGCGUUGGGUUCGCAGAUUGCAACCAACUGAAUCCUGUUAUGCUAGAUGACACUGAACUCUACAUACUGCACCUUUUAACUAAAACACUUUGAGCCACUGCUUACAGUUUCUGUGUAUAGAUGGCAGACAGUGGAUGUAAUGGUAAAAUGUUCCAAUUCUUCAGGAUCAGAAGCCAUGUUUAUUAACAUUUCUUUCAUAUUUCUGUUUUUGAAUAUGUAAACAGCAAACUGACAUUCAGCAAUCAUCCCAUAUAUUAAUUUGUAUUUAUUUGAAAAUGAAAAUGUCUCUUUGGCAUGAUACAACAUGUCAUUUGUUUGGCCUACAACACUCUGUGGACCAAAGAAGGGUCAGCCGUCAACACUGAAUAUCCCAUUCACUUUUAUGCUGCCUUAUUUAAAUUUGAACUUUUUUCCCCCACUUAUGUUCUCAUCACUACUUAUAUUCUGAGUUCAUGCAGAACUGGUUUAGAAAUGCUAUCACUAGUAAACAAGUGCACAUUCCAGGAGACAGCAAGGGCAGGGGUACUGAGGUAUGCUGAGAUGACAGUGCUGAAAAAUGUUUUACAGAGUGAACUAUUUCUUAAAUGGCUGACACUAAUAUGUACGAAGAUCAAUUUUCUUUAUCACUUAUAUAAACUGCGCUGAAAUUUCCCAACACUUAUAUCGUCUUAUAAACUUUUGUGGAUUUAUUCCAAAUAUCAGUAAAUUCCCAGAAGAGCUGGUGCUGUUUGUCUCUGAUUAGAGAUGUCACAUUGGAAAUGAUGUCAUUCUGUUGUGUUGUAUUGGCAUUGCAUAUCCGCUACUGAAAUGUGACAGUUAAAUAUUUCAAAUGCUUGUCUUUGUUUGCACUAAUGAUGUUAUUGUACAAGCAAAUCCCAGAUACUGUUGAUUCAUUAAAGUUUUGUGUCUG